AAACCCCAGCAGGGCCGCAUCCGACUCCGCCUCCAAAAUGAAGCUCGUCAGGUUCUUGAUGAAGCUCAACAACGAGACGGUCACGAUCGAGCUCAAGAACGGGACAGUCCUCCAUGGCACCAUUACCUCCGUCGACCCGCAGAUGAACACGCAUCUUAAGAGCGUCAAGCUCACGAUGCGCAACCAGCCGGCAGGCACGCCGUCGCUGCACCUCGACAGCAUCGCGAUCCGCGGCAACAACGUGCGGUACUACAUCCUGCCUGAUUCUCUGCCACUCGACACGCUGCUGGUGGACGACGCGCCGCGCGCCAAGAAGCGCAAGGAGGGCGCUGCGGCUGCGCGCGGACGCGGCGCCGUGCGCGGUGGCCGUGGGCGUGGUGCGCCGCGUGGACGCGGACGCGGACGUGGGUUCUGAGCGACGGUGCACAGGUAGUUAGAGCAGGCGCUGCCUGCAUGUAUUCCAUUGCUGUA